UGCCGGUUGUGAUAUAACAUGCAACAAAAAUAGCAUGUAAUUUUACGAAAUGAAUAGUUACGAAAGUUAAGUUAGUAAGUAAUAAAUAGAUUAACCUCACUUUUUAUAAAAUGAAUAGAUAUUUUUCAAAAAUAUCAAUUUAAAAAAUUAUACUGUAUAAUAUACAAAUUAAAUAGAUGGCGCUAUCAUAGACUUAUAGUUAGAGUCAGCUGAUUGAGUAAAAUAUUCGUACUCAUGUUCUUGCAGUUGCUAUCGUUUUAUUUGAUUGUUUUCAGCAAAAAAUUGUCACGCGUUAGAUUGUAAAUAAAGAAACAAACGAAGUUUAAUCUAACGCGAUCUAUUAUAAUAACUAUGUUUGGUCGUAUGUUUAUGUCAAAUUUUCGUAAUAUUUCGCUUCUAUCGAGAGUAUGGAAUGGACCCAAUAGUGCAUUGGCUGGCAAACAUGCUGAGCAAAAAAUGAUAUCAAUUUUAAGAAACAAAUUUCCUAAAGCUAAACUUAUAGAAGUAAAUGAUGUAUCAGGAGGAUGUGGUGCAAUGUUUGAAAUAAAUGUUGUAGCACCAGAAUUUAAAGGAUUGAACACUAUUAAACAGCAUCGAUUAAUUAAUGAAGCUCUUAAGGAAGAGAUUAAGGAUAUGCAUGGUGUACGAAUAUAUACAAGUGUUCCUGAAUCUUAGACAAUUCUUAAUUUUUUUACAAAACUAUUUCUUAUAUUAUAAAAUAUAUCACAAAAUGUAUAAUUAAACUGUACAAAGUUUUGUAAAUUUUGCAUAUAAAUAUUCAUUAUACAUA